AUGAGCACCAGCAGUUCGAGCGGUCGAGGUCGACGGGAUCCCGACCCACGCACAGAAUUCUCCGUCCCGCAGCCCAAGCGUGUGUGUUCGGGCGUCGCGAAGGCGGUCAAGGUGGUUGAUGCCGCUUCCGCCAUCGAGCGCGUGCUUGACAGGCGCAGCUCAUGGCGGCCGAUUGAUCCCGAUACGAUGUCACCCAAACAUUCGCUCCAGGAGAGGCUUGUGAACAUGACACUCAUGCCUGAACCUGCCACCACGCGAGAUGCCGACGACGACCAUCGAAGUAGCCCUCGACACAAGUCGUCCGACUCGACCGCGUCGUCAUGUACCGAGUCCAUCCAGCGCCGUAGCGCGUCGACGUUGGCUGUGAUUCACCCCCCUGCUAUCGAUGACGAGACAGAAGCCAUGCUGCGAUGCUGCUCGUCCACGUCAUAG